GUUCACUUACAGUUGCUUCAGAGAAAAUUCCUAAAGAUAUUUGUUUUAAUAUGUGGGAUGAAGCCAAAUUCAUAAAAGAACCUUCGUAUUUGAAUUUAGCAGGAAAACGAGCUAUACAAAUUUCAGUUACAACAUUUGUCAAUCAACAUAAUUAUACUCUUGUUUCUGAAAUCAGAAAUUUUGGAGUAAAAUAUAGAAUAUUAUCUAAAGAAGCUCUUGAUGAAAUAAAUAUAAUGAUGAGACAUAGUAAUUUGUUACUAAUAGUGCAAAAAAGUCUUCUAAAAGCUCGAUUUCUGGACCUAAAUUUUCAAGAUCAAGAUUUAGCAAAUGCAAUUCAAAAA